ACUUCCUUCAAAAAUACAAACAUUAGAGCAACAUUACAGCCAUGAUCAAUAAUGACAUCAUUUUAAAAUUAUAGAAUAUUUAUUUUCUAGUAUUGUUCGAAAUGUGAUUUCUAAAUGAAUCGUCCUGCAAAUACGUCUGGCUACUUUGAAAGCCAUACAUCGGAAAAUAAAGAGCCCCCUCUUCUUCUCAUAAUGAUGAGAUUGAACAUCAAAGUUGCACUGAUUUGUCUGCUCUCCAUUAGUACCCUAACCAUACUAGUUCUGUAUUCUGUAUGUGGCAAUACAGAGAAUAAAAACUGGAACAGAUUGAGUUCCAAGUCUUUUGACCUUUCAAUACCUGAAGAAAUAGAUUGUGAUAUCAACGGAGAAUAUGUUAUUGCUUGCCGAAAGGAAGGAGAUGAAGUUUACUUGCCAUUUUCAUUUUUACACAAAUAUUUUGAGAUAUAUGGCAAACUGGCAACAUAUGAUGGGCUUGAAAGGUUUGAAUGGUCUCAUAGCUAUAGUAGAGUCUAUCACCCCAAAUCUAAGUAUGAUCCUAGAGGGGUUUUUAUGUACUUUGAGAACUACAAUGUUGAAGUGAGGGAUAGAGUGAAAUGUGUGAGUGCCAUUGAAGGUGUCCCAGUUUCCACACAGUGGGAGAGUCAGGGUUAUUACUACCCUACUCAAAUAGCUCAGUUUGGGUUAUCUCACUAUAGCAAGAACCUAACUGAGCCUGAGCCUCGAAGGAAAACAAUAGAAGACUGUGAUAAGGAAUUUGCCAAGUGGAGUGUAUCUCCAACAGCUAAACUGGAGAAUGCAUAUGAUAAAAAGCUGGCAACUAAUGUUUUGAAGUUCAAAACUAGUGAUAGUUAUUUGGAUGGUGUUCAUCUCAAGUUGGAUCAUGUUUUAUACUUUGUGAUGAGUGUGGAUAUUAUGCUCAGUAGUAAUAGCAGUUUUACUGUAACAUUGCAGAAUAGGGAAACCAAGAAUAUUUACUAUCUCCAUUAUAUCACCUCAGAUAUUUGGAUUACUUCCCAGGACAAUAAUGUUUAUCAUGGCAUUGGAUCAUCUCAAGAAUGGAAAAAAAUAACUAGAGAUCUGAUUGUAGACCUCCAAAAGGGACUAAGUUUCCUUGACAAAGACAAAUCUAAACAUAAAAUACCUAGAUCCAAAAUUAAAAUUAUUGACAUUACUCUUAGAGGUACAGGAGCUAUUGAUAAUCUGACUUUAUCAUCAUCUGAACAUAUUCAGCAGUUUUACAAUGCUGCUGAAUGGUUUGUUCAACAUCAAGAUCCUGAAACUGGAGGCUGGGCAAUACCAGUAAAGAGAAAACUUGCCAGUGGAUUUCAUGAUUUGCAACCAGGUUGGUAUUCGGCGAUGAGCCAAGGUCAUGCAAUCUCCGUCCUUUCGAGAGCGUACCACCAUUCCGGAGGUGACAUUCGCUAUUUGACAGCGGCCCUCAGAGGUUUGAAACCAUUCAGAGUGCCCAGUACCAAGGGGGGAGUGAGAGCGACCUUCAUGAACACGUACCACUGGUACGAAGAGUACCCUACCACCCCAGCUUCGUUCGUCUUGAACGGGUUCAUUUAUUCUUUGUUGGGACUCUACGACUUGAUUUCUAUCAGCCCGCCAGGACAGGCAGAAGAAGCCGAGCUUUUGUAUAACCAAGGCAUGCUUUCGCUUAGGAACAUGCUGACGCUUUUCGAUAUGGGAAGCGUGACUUCCUACGAUUUGCGGCAUUUCACCCUCGGCAUCGCACCCAACUUGGCCAGAUGGGACUAUCACGUGACCCAUGUCAACCAGUUGCUGCUGUUGGCAACCAUCGAGAACGAGCAACUGUUCAAAGCUACCGCCGAAAGGUGGAUAGGGUACAUGAGCGGUAAAAGGGCUGAUCACAACUGAAACUGAGAUUGUUUUUUUUAUAAAAAAAUUUACUUGGAAGAUUCGAAAUGAAUCAAGUAUUUUUAGGAGCCAGAUAUCCUGAGUUGUGUUUCGGUGAGUUUCUUCCUGAGUUGGGAUUGGACAGAUAGGUAGGUGAAUGACGGCCAAGAAAAAUGUAACGAAAAAUCAUCAUCAUCACAAUAUCGUGUUUUCAGGUAAACCACAUUGGUAGAAACGAAUUUUGAAUAACAUAAAACAUGUUUUCUCAAAAUGAGGCAAUAGGCUAUUGAAACAGAAGAAAUGAAUUUGAGGUUAGGUAGGUAGAAAAUUACGAAAGGAUCGCGCCAGUACGGUAAAAUGCGUGUGGCUGCUAGCUGAUAUUCACAUAUUAUAAUGACUGCUGAUUGGGAAACUGUCUUGUCCAAUCAUUUUUGGAGGAUGAUAACAAAAGUUGGGUGAGU